GAUGACGAGGAUUUCGAGCCACAAGACUUUUCCGUAAAACAAUCGGACAAAUGGGAAGGGGAGGACGAAGAAGAUCAGGAUGUUAAGGUAACAAUUUAUCUUCGUAAUUUACAAAACGUGGAAUUCAGUUUGUUUAUUCCUUAGAUCGGCAUCAAAGGUUGAUUUAUUUGGGAAACGUUUUGUUUAUAGGAAAACUGGUUUGAUGAAGAAGAGGAUUCAGAAAAGAAAUCGGAGCCAUCCGAAAAUCAAACUGGUAACUGAUAGAUCGGGUUAUGAAACAUCUAUCCUGAUGCUUCACAAUUCCAAAUUUUAAUUUUGCGAAUUAUUGCACGGCUUCUUUCACUAACAAUGUCUACAAGCUUUUUAUUCCCUAUCCAAAUUAUUCUCUUUCCUGAAAUCGAUUGUAAACAUCAUUAAGUGUUCGAAAUAAGAUUAAUCCAACUAUUCUUCGCUGUUCAUUUGAGUACAGUAUCAUUGUAAUUUACUGUAAAUGAAACCCAAUACCCCUUAACAAACAUAGCCUCAAGGUUACCUCGAAAAUUCUUCGUUUAAAUCAACCUUUCUUUUCAUCUCGUGGAAUUAGAAAGAAGAUGGUCUUACCAUCUCUUAAAAAAAUCGGGUUUUCUUUUUCACAGUUAGGGAAACAUUGCUUAUUAUCAAACAAGUUGAACAUGUCUCAAUAUUGAACUAUGUUCGGUGUAAAAUUUUGUUUGUUUGUUAUUAUUCUGUUUUUACAUGUCUGGCAUAACACGUAUCUGUGUUAUUUAAAUUUCACAAUUUCAAAGUCACAAAGCACUUGAUCCUGGCUUAGCUUGGCCCUGUAGUUUUCUAGUCCUACAUUGUACUAUUUGACCAUUUCCUAAGGUAUAUUAUGUCCUGUUAAUUUUUGGUCAUGUCAUGAAAUCGCAUAGAUACCUGUGUUGUUUGUCCUUUGAAUAAUAUAAUUUUGUUGUCAAUUUGAUAGAAGCAGCUCCUCAAGCUAAAGUAAAGAAAAGAAAAACAAUUAAACAGGCUAUACAAGAUAAGGAGGACAAGGCCAAGGAAAGAGCUCUAAAGAAACAGGAUGAGAAUAAAUCAGCACAAGAGGUGAAAAAAUAUUGCAGUGCAUUUGUAGCAAUUAUUAUGGCUCCUUUGAGUAAUGUCUUUGAUUUUGCCCAUUGCUCUCACAGAAAGAAUUAACAGAAGAAGAACAACUUGCAGAAAAGCUUAGAAGACAGAAGUAAGUAAUAUUUUAAACAUCCCAGAGACCAAAAGGUGCUAAUGUUGGUGUAUUGAUAUUUUGCUCUCUUGUGAACACAUACAUUAGGGAAGAAAACUUGAAAAAAUUAACAAUCAAAUUUUAAGGCUUUUGUGAAUUAACCAGUCUAGUUACUGCCAGUCAGUGGAAAGCAAAAGUGCUAUUGCUAGGUGAAUUUUGUGACUUUUUUGCCAAAAAUUUGCUCAGUGUCCUAUAUUUAGUUGACUUAAAUUUAUAGUUUUAAAGAGAUGUAAGAAAUGGCAAUUCUCCUAUUUUGCAAAUUUGGCAUGAAGCUAUUGUUUCAAAUAAUUUCAAGUCAGAUUGUUACAAUCAUAUGCAGCAACUUGUUAGCAGUAUCACCGACGGGCUUUGUUUGCUUGUGUCUUUUUCAGAUUGGUAGAAGAUGCAGAUUUAGAAUUAGCUAAACAAGCUUUUGGUGAGGUUCUAUAUAAACAGACUGUUUCUACACUUUUAAACAAACUUAUUUUCAUUGCCAGAAAAUAAUAAUUCAAAUUUUUAAAAUUUUUUUUAUUCGAGUCCUUCACCAUAAAUGUCAAUAGUGUUUAAAGUUGACCUUAUCUUUGAGAAUCACCAAAACAGUGACAACACUGUGUGAAACUAGGAAAUGUUGGUUUAUACAUGUACUUACUAACAACUCAGCUCAUCAGCUUCUCACUCGUUUACCCCAAAUGAAGCAAUCAUAGAUGAGGUUAUGACAAGUUUAUGACCCUCAUCCAAAUAUACAUUGGAGUGUUUUGUUACCAAUUUAGCUUGCAAUUUUUAUUAUUAGAAGUGUUGUUAUUAUUUCCUGAAGUUUAGGGAAAAAUUACUGAAUGAAAUAACUUUGUUCUUCAUUUCUCCAGGUGUGAAAGAUGAUAUAGGAUCCAAAAGUAUAGAUGACAUGAAACCUUCAACUAAAGAAGAGUUUGUAGAACUGUCCCAAUUACUUGUAGGAAAAUUAUCCAAUUAUGAGGUAUGAGUCACAUAUUUGUUAAUUGUAUCACUCACUUUGGUAUAUAAUUGAAACCUCUGCCAUUUUUUGACAAAACAUUGCUGGCACCUUGUACAUUUCUUGAAAGAGGUAGCACUGUUCCUUGUUGGAUUUUUAUAAGAACUGUUAGCACUAAAUUUAUCAGGGUUUGGUAUCGUGAUAAAAAAUAGUUUUUGUAUGCCACCAACACAGAGUUGGUGCUUGUCAGAUUUCAAACGUCCUGGUCCUUUUUACUUCAGAGUAUCAAAUAAGUGAGUGUGAACCCAGUUGUGAAGACUUUCCUUUCCUUAAAAUCUGAUAAAUGUUAUUUCAUUAGACUCUAGCAUUCUUUGUUAAUACUUUAAGUUUUCUUGUGGCCUUUUUUGUCUUAAAAGUGAGAAAUUAUGAAGGUAGUGUGAUUAACUCUUUAUUCAAUUUUUUGUUUUCAAGUCCAAUGCAGAAUAUGUCCCUUUCUUGGAAAUGCUUUUUAGAGAUUUAUGUGCAAGCUGUAAGUAUUCCUUGGGAUAAAAACAAAUAGAUGAAAUAAGAAAAACAUUUGCAUACUUCAAAUCCUGGUCACCAUUAACAGGCCCUUAGCCUCAACAAAAAAUAGGGUGAGGCUAAGAGGAUCUUAUACUCUUUACCUCCUGUAGGGGGCUAAACAAGUUCUCUAUUUAUAAACAAGGAAACUCCUUCAUAGAUAUAGAAUGAAAAUGUUUGUCUAAGAAUCUGCGAAAAAUUGCCAAUAAAUAACACUAGAGGAUAUAAAUAAUUAGGAAAUUAAAUUGACUUUUGGUGAAUAAUUGUUAUGUAGAUGUAAAUGUGAUUUGUGGUCAUCAUUAUUCAUUGUUAGUACUAUGAACAGUCUUUGUAGGCACUAUGAUGUUUUACAUGUCUUGUGCUGCUCAUUUUUUUCAGUGGAUGCUGAAGAUGUUAAACGAAUAGGUAGCACAAUAAAUGUCCUCUCAUCAGAAAAAUUAAAAGCACAGAAGGCAAGUCACAGAUCUCUUUUUAUACCAAUAGGACUUCAGCAUUCUCAGAAAUUUUUUUUUUUUUAAUUAGGUUUGAGAACUGAAGCUUUAUUAUGUGGGUUGUUAUUAAAUGUUACCUUGCUUGCACACAUUAUUGUGUAUUUUAUGGAUUACUGUAUAAUAGUAAAACACAAAGGUAGGGUUCAGUUGACCUUAGGAUAACACUGAGCACAUGAACAUUCAUGUAUAUCACAAGUAGUAAUAAAUAUUCUUUGAAUACUCCACCCUCAGUGGUUAUUUAAAUGUUUGUUGUGUCACAUUCAGCUUUCUCUCGAAGCAUAAAUUAACAGUAUUAUUCUCUAGAAUAAUUUUUUCUUCUCUGGUUCAAGGUCUCACAAUUUUAAAUACAUCAAGUGCAAAAUAUCUACAAGAAAAAAUCACCUGUGUAUUUAAGCGUAAUCCUCUCCUGUCAGGGAGGAGUGAAAACAGGACACAACUAAUUGGAAUGAAUGAAGCUUACAAUAGUAUUGUCCUGAAUCUGUAGUAUCACUGCAUUGUGAAAUUAGGGACCAGAAUAAUCUUAUCAUCACCUAUUUGAUACUUUUUACAGGCAAAGAAAGGGAAAAAGGCUGUUAAGAAAGCCACUCUCUCAGGAGCUAGUGCCAAGGCUGGCAGAAAAGAGGACUUGGAUGCAUUUGGUGGUGGAAAUUAUGAUUAUGGAGAUGAAUUUGAUGACUUCAUGUGA